CCAAGUUUGUGUUUUUUUUUUCUCGACUUGAACAAAAACUCAUUCGCUUAGUAAACGACAAGCGUGCCAAACAAAUAUAGAGAGCGAGCUAGUAAAUAAAACAAAAGCAUAAAAUAUAAAAUUUGUUAACAAAAAAAAAAAAGCGAUAGAGACGCAGCCAUGUCGUUGUUUGACAAUCCUGAGCAGCUGCGACAGCUGCAGAAUUUGUUGUAUCCCAGCCGCAGGCGUCGCGGUGGCGUCGACGCUGGCAGCAGCAGCAGUGAGGAUGAGGGCGAAUCCUUGGUGGUUCAGCAUAAGCAGACACCGGGCAGCAUUGGACCGCAAGACAAGCAGAAGAAGAAGCAGAAGGUAAAUCUGCUGGCCACGCCGCUGCAGCAAGAAGCAGCAGCGAAGCCGCCGCCAACGCUGGAGGAAUGGCAUGAGCAGCAGCAGCGCGAGGAUGCGGACGCUUUGGACCAGCGCAAGUGUCCCGAAUAUACAAUGACCUAUCGCCAGGCUGUGGGCACUGAGGAUGUUUUCUUGCAGAUGGGUCAACGCACGGGCGCGUCGUCCAGCUGUGAGGAUCUGGUGCUGGAGAUAUGUUUGCCCGAUGAGCAAAUGUCGGCGGACAAGAUGAAUCUGACGCUCAAUGAGCGAGACUUGGAUUUGGGCACAGCUUUGUAUAGACUUAAGAUGCCGCUGCCACAUCCAGUGGAUGUGGAUCGCUGUGAGGCGAAAUACGACAGCGAAUUGAGAAAAUUGCGCUUGACGUUGAGACUGCGUCGCGAAUUGGAUUAUGUGAAUUUUUAAAGUUCAGUUUUAAUAUUAAUAAUUAUAACAAAUUUGGCAAGCAGUAAAUAAUAAAUUCGCAGUGUAAGCUUAACGACUUCAUUGCG